AUGGGCAAGAUUGCAAGCAAAAUCUGGUCCAAGGGUUUGUUGGGCGGUUUCGGCGUGCCAGAAAUGCACGAGGAAUUGCGCCCCCUAGCCUUCUGGUCCAGGGAGGACCUCAUCAGCGCCUACCAGCGCUUCCUCAACACGGCAGAGCCCACCAUGGAUCGGCACGCCUUCUCGGACGCCUUCCAGUGCUUCCACGACACCGCGCAGUCCGACGCGGCCUUCCGCAGCCUCCAUCCGAAGAAGGGGAAGGUGGAUGGAAACACCGUCUUCGCCGGGGCGGCGCUGACUUCGAACCAGUGCUACAUCUCCCGCGUCUCCCUGAUCUUCAGCAUGUUUGACCUGGACAACAAUGGGGUGUUGAACAAGGCGGAGUUUUGCAUCGGCGUCCGGUCGAUCUUGACGGGCCUUCACACCUGGUUUGCUGGCGCCGUUAUGCCUGCAGAUGUCGAGCUUGAGGUGGCGCUGGAUGACUUGUUCAAGAGGAUAGACUUCAAAAAGUCUGGCUCCCUCACGCUUGGGGAAUUUCUGGUCUUCGCCUACCGCAACCGUGAGUUGCAGGAGAUGAUCAACAACCUGCCCUCAGAGGAUAUGCGCGUCUUCGAGAACAUGGUGAAGUUUCAGAGGGUUCCGAUCUAUGUCACAGGAGAUGGCCACACCCACCAUCACUCCCAUCAGGCGAGCUCACAACCAGGCUCGCAGCCAGGCUCUCGGCCCGGCUCGUCCAACUCGGUGCACACACCCAGGCCUCUGGUGGAGCCACAUGGCCCAGGGCGAGGGCCUCGCAGCCAGAGGUGCUCCAUGGUAGUUCCUGUUCCACCAGACACGGAAAAGCCCGAGCGACCCCGUGUGAGGAGGCGGACGACUACUGCCUGCCCACACUUGCACCCUGAGCCAGCCGAUGACAAAGGUACAUGGUGUGGCAGCGUGGCCUACGUCAAGUUGACCGGCAGCAGGAAGCGAGCCUCGUCCCUUCGGCCAAAUCGCGUUUGGACGCCCCCGUCGGACAUCUCCAAGGCCCACGCCUGGCUACUUUGGAGGUUCUUCCGGCAUCUGUCCGGUGGCAAAGCCACCGCAGAUGCGGAAGCUGUACAGAGUUUCUUCCGGGAUCCCAUCUCGGUUCGAAAGGAGUUUAUCUUGAUCGCCGGCGACGCGAAGAUCCAAGAGCCCUGGGCGUUCACGGAGGCGAGUCCGGACGAAGCCUCAGGGGGCUUGGAGUUUGCCGCGGAGGUCGACAGCUUGUCCCACCAGUUCCAGCGGGUCUUCACCGAUCCACACCUUCGACAGCGCCUGGAGGACAUGGGCAGCGGUCCCAUCACCGUGCGGUGCUUCCUGUGCAACAGCCUGCCCUCUUUAACGCCGGCGCACAUUGAGAGCUGUCUUGCCUGGUGCCGCGGCUUCCGUUCACUGGAGGUGUUGCAGCAGCUCGGCGAGCUGGAGGCGGCGGAGUUGAGGGAUGACGAUCUGGCCUUACUGUUCGAGAUGCUAGACGUGGACGCCAGCGGUGAUCUCACCCUAUCGGAGCUGGUGGACAUCGGGCAGCUCCCAGAAGAGAAGGCGCGGGAAAUCUUCGAGAAGUGCCGGCGGCAGGAAGGGGCGGCGGCCCUGACCAUCAACGACCUGCGGAACUACGUCAGAAGCCUGAACCUGGCCCUGGGCUCCGACGUCAAGGGCUUGCUGGAGUCCUUCGCGCAUACCGGCCACGAGAAGCAGCCGGAACGAUGA